UGGUUGAACGGUAACUGAUGCAUGAUCCUUAGCAGAAAUGUGAUUUACAGUGUAAAUUAACAGCCUGUAGAUAUAACGUGAAUAUAAACAGACAUGGUCAUUUUUUGACAUAAAGCCAAGCUAACGUAGCGACUGUCAGAACAGAUUUUAUCAUGUGAGACAACGUAAAGCUGCCUCCAGGAGAAGGAUGCUUCACUACGAUGCUAACGACUUUACUGGACAGAGCUGUAACGGUGUUUUUGCAAAAUUAUCAUCACCGCUUUGAUUAGACUAAGCUAGACAACAAAAAAAAAAAAAAAAAAAAAAAAAAAAAAAUAAUUAAACAUUAGUGAUCUUCUCUACUCCACAUCCCAGUCUGUGAUCUAAAACAACACACAGGGAUGCCUAAUGCCAGUGCAAGGCCGAAGCAUAGCAGGAGGGCCCGAAGGCGACGGAGAGAGGAUCCUGCCAGGAAUGAGCUGGUCUCUAGUUCCCUAGAAAGUGCACAGCAGUGCCUGUUUAACCAAGAUUAUGGAACUGCGUUUGUGCACUACCUUCUGGUCCUCAACCUUGCACCUAUGUUUAAGGACUUUGCGAAGGAGUCCUUCAGGUUCACUCUUUUCAAAUGGGCAGAAGAGCUGGACUCUGUGGGCCGUAUUCAGGACCUUUUCGACUGCUACGAACGAGCCCUGGAACUUUUCCCUGCUGAUGAGGUCAUCCUAAACAGCAUGGGUGAACACCUGUUCAGGAUGGGAUUUAGAGAUGAGGCUGCAGGUCAUUUCCAUAAAGCCUUGAAGCUGAGACCGGACUACCCAGAGGCCAGGGAGAACUUCUACCGUGUGGCCAACUGGCUGGUGGAGCGCUGGCAUUUCUUCAUGCUCAAUGACCAUGGAAGGAACCAGAAGUACCAGCAAGCCAUUCAGAAGGCUGUUCAGAGCGGCUGCAACACUGUACUUGACAUAGGUACUGGCACUGGGAUCCUUGGUAUGUGUGCUAAGAAGGCAGGGGCUGCUGAGGUGUAUGCCUGCGAGCUAUCGAAGACAAUGUAUGAACUGGCCUGUGAGGUGGUGACUGCUAAUGGAAUGGAUGGCAGCAUUAAGCUCCUGCAUAUGAAAUCUCUGGAGAUGGAAGUACCAAAGGACAUCCCACACAGGGUGUCCUUGGUGGUGACAGAGACAGUAGAUGCAGGAUUGUUUGGAGAGGGCAUCAUAGAGAGUCUCAUUCAUGCCUGGCACCACCUCCUACUGCCUCCACAGAGAGGUGAGAAUGAAUUAAGGGAACAGUCUGUGACAGGACGGGUCAUCCCUGCUGGAGCCACUGUGUUUGGUAUGGCUGUUGAGUGUGUCGAGAUCCGCCGGCAUCACAGGCUCUGUGUGUCAGAGGUGGGAGGUCUGUCCAUGGCAGCAGCUGGGGAGCUCCGUAGUCCAGUGAGCUGCAGCUCUGAGCCGGAUGACUCCAUGGAGCCAUACACCACAGAGAGACUCAGCAGACUGCCGGGGGGAUACAAACCUCUCACAGAGCCCUUCACAGCCCUCAACAUAGAUUUCAAUAAUGUGCAGGAACUCGAGGGCCUGAGCUCCAGGGAGGUUCAGCGGCUCUGCCUGCCCGUCAUUCAGGAGGGGGAGCUGGAUGCUCUGGCUGUGUGGUUCCAGCUCCACCUGGACGAGGACAGCAGUCUGUCUACUGGACCCCAGGAGGACACGUGCUGGGAGCAAGCCAUCUACCCUGUCCACAGCGCCAAGGGUUUUGUCCUGAAACCUCGAGACGAGCUGAUUGUUGAGAUCUCCUGCCGGGAUGCGUACCUGAGGCUCUGCAGUGUUGCUGUGCUGAGAGAUGGGCAUGAAAUCCGCCUGGACAAGCGUCUUGACUCAAGCUGCUCUGGAAAUCCCAUUUCAAACCCAAACCCCGAAGCAGAACUGUGCAGUGCAUUAGCAUGUCUUCAGACUGACCAGAACCAAACAAAAGACUUCUGCAUACUGGAAUGUUCAGAAAUGGCUCUCCUGAACAAUCAGGAUUACCAUCAGAGUUUCUGCAGCGCGUUAGGAAAACUAAUCUCUCAGCUGAGGGUUAAAUGCCAAAACCAAGGAUCCAGUGUUGAGCUUGACCUCGCUGACCCUGGUAAUAACUCCACAGACUGUAGUGACAUGCUGUACGUGCUGGAUGUGUCAGAGGGUUUCUCUCUGCUCUCCCUCAUCGCUGCCAGCCAGGGUCGUGUAAAAGCCUAUAGCUCCGUGGAAAAGAACAAACAACAGGAAGUGCUAAAGAGACUGGCUCACUCCAAUAAUGUCUCAGAACAGCAUCUAGAGUUCUGGCUCAACCACGUGGAGGACGAGCAGGGGAUGCUGCAGAGGCCGUCCAGAGAGAAGCUGUGGAGUGCCAUCAUCCUGGACUGUGUAGAGACCUGUGGUCUGAUUAGACAGAAGUUGAUGGAGAAGGCUUCACUGGCCAGGUGUCUGCUGGAGGAAGGAGGACAUAUUUUCCCAGAGCGGAUCGUGGUGUACGGUAUGCUGGUGGAGUCAGACACGUUGCUGCUGGAGAGUGCUGUUCAGGGUCAGGAGCCGACAUUGGGAUUCAAUAUUGCUCCCUUCAUCAACCAGUUCACUGUUCCAGUUCAUGUGUUUCUGGACUUUUCCACUCUGGAGUGCAGACAUCUCAGUGAGUCUGUGGAGCUCUUUGUUCUUGACCUUAUGGAUACCAACGCAAACUACACUAACAGAGAAGUCAAGGUCCAGGCUACAUCUGCAGGCAGAGUAACAGCAAUUCCCUUCUGGUACCACAUCCACCUGGACCAGGAGAUCAGCGUCAGCACCCUCAGCCAGAACUCUCACUGGAAGCAGGCGGCUGCUGUGCUGCAGGAGCCCCUUCUGGUACGAGCUGGAGACUGGGUCCAUCUAGCUGUGAAGCUUCACAAGAGCACCAUCUCCAUAUCAGCCCAUGUAGACAAUGCCCCUGGGUCAAUGGAGUAAUACCCUCCUAACUUCUAGCUUUGCAACUAGUUUUAUUUUUAUAUAUUUCAAGUUAAAUUUGGAUUACUGUCACAUACUCUUUAAGGAAAUGGAUUAAACACUAUAUAUUCCCUAGUGUCAUUUUUCAUAAAUGUAAUACCAGUAUUCAAAUUUCUUAGUUUUCCCAGACACACAGGUUCUUUGUUUUGGGAUUUGGUAUAAGUCUGCAUGACCCAAACUCUUGUUAGAGUGGGAAGCUGGUUCAGUCAUAAUUUGCUAACAAAAAACCUUCAAGUCAUGUUAUUUGUAAAUUGUGCUAAGUCAGAGGACAUUGAUAAUUUUUACUUAUAAAAUGUAUAAGUAUAUAAAUAUUGUCCUUUGAUUAUGGUUGCAGUUGUUUUUGUAAAUAUGUUUGUGGGUAUCAAUAGAAAAAGACAAUAAAUGUGUGGCAUUUCCUUAAUAAAUGCAAGAGAAAAAAAAAUGAAAUCAGCCAAAAAUGCAGUU